AUGUUUUCAGCCCGCCUCGUCCGAUCUCUCGCCCCGCUGGCGCGGCCAAGCGGCCUCGCAGCCCAGGCCGCGUUCCGGGGUUUUCACUCAACGCCUGCGCGGAGGAUCGUCCACGAGGUUAAAAGUGCGGAGGAGUUCCAAAAGGUCGUGUCGGAGAAUGAAAACGUCAUCGUCGACUGCUUCGCGACGUGGUGCGGGCCGUGCAAGGCUAUUGCGCCCAUCCUGGCAAAACAUUCCGAGGAGGCCGAAUUCAAGGACAAGGUGCAUUUCGUCAAGUUUGACGUCGACGAAGUGCAGGCUGUGACGCAAGCGCUGGGCGUGCGGGCAAUGCCGACGUUCUUCUUCUUCAAGGGCGGGAAAAAGGUUGGCGAGGUGGUGGGCGCCAACCCGCCGGCGCUGGUCGAGGGUCUGCGGAACCUCCUCAAGUAA